CGGAAACGCGGCCGCGGGGCGGGGCGCGGCCACGCCCCCCCCUCCCCGCGGCGCGGAACCUCCGUGCGCGGCGUGAGGAGCAGGGCGGGCGCGGCGGCACCAUGAGCACCAAGCAGGUGACGUGCAGGUACUUCUUGCAGGGCGUGUGCCGGGAGGGCAGCAAGUGCCUCUUCUCCCAUGACCUGGCCACCAGCAAGUCCUCCACCGUCUGCAAGUACUACCAGAAGGGGCAGUGUGCCUACGGCUCCCGCUGCAGGUACGACCACGUGCGGCUGCCUCCGGCGGGCGCAGCCGCGGCCCCGCCGCCCCCCGCGGCCCCGGGCAGCCCCCGGGCCCCGCCCGAGCCCGGCCCCGCCGCCCCGCGCAGCAGGAGGGAGAAGAGGACGCUGGUGCUGCGCGACAGGAACCUGUGCGGCUCCAGCGAGGAGCACGGCGCCGGGGCCGUGCCGUGCUGCGGCGAGCCCGGGGACAGCGAGGAGGCCAAGCCGCUCUCGUACCUGGAGGCCAUCUGCAGCGGGCUGGAGGAGGCGGGGCCCGCGGGCUGUCCCGCCGCGCCGCAGCUCUGUCCCUACGCCGCCGCCGGCGCCUGCCACUUCGGGGAGCGCUGCCUCUACCUGCACGGGCAGCUCUGCGAGAUCUGCGGCCUCCAGGUGCUGCACCCCUUCGACCCGGAGCAGAGGAAGGCCCACGAGAUGAUGUGCAUGGCAACCUUCGAGCACGACAUGGAGAGGGCCUUUGCCAUCCAGGCCAGCCAGGACAAGGUGUGCAGCAUCUGCAUGGAGGUGGUGUAUGAGAAGCCCUCGGCCUCAGAGAGGAGGUUUGGGAUCCUGUCCAACUGCACCCACACCUACUGCCUGUCCUGCAUCCGCCAGUGGAGGUGUGCCAAGCAGUUUGAGAACCCCAUCAUCAAGUCCUGCCCCGAGUGCCGCGUGAUCUCCGAGUUUGUCAUCCCCAGCGUGUACUGGGUGGAAGAGCAGGAGAAGAAAAAUGAGCUGAUUGAAGCAUUUAAGCAGGGAGUGGGGAAAAAGCCCUGCAAGUACUUUGAGCAAGGCAAAGGAACAUGUCCCUUUGGAGGGAAGUGUCUGUACCUCCACGCCUACCCCGACGGGACGCGAGCGGAGCCCGAGAAGCCGCGGAAGCAGCUCAGCUCCGAGGGCACCGUGCGGUUCUUCAACUCCGUGCGCCUGUGGGACUUCAUCGAGGACAGGGAGAGCCGGAGCGCGCCCGGCGCCGACGCCGAGGUGACGGAGCUGGGGGAGCUCUUCAUGCACCUCUCGGGGGCUGAGGAGGAGCCUGCUGCUGCCAGGGAGCACCCCCAGCCCCUCUGAGCCCCCAGGGCAGCUGGCUUCAGCCAUGCUUUUAUCUCUGCAGCACAGGUAGAACAAAAUGUGCCCCGGUGGUUGCUUGUGCAGUCCUGGUAAAGUUUUCAGAUAGUUUUUAUAUGGCAACAACAGAAGAAGACUCAAAUAUAUUUAAAAGAAAAAAAAAAAAAUUGGCUGCAUGGAAAAAAAUCCCUUAAUCCCAGGAGGGUUUUCUCCCUCUCUGGCCUAACAUUUGCUGUCUUGUGAGCUGAGUGGUAGUGUAAAUACAGGUCCAGUGAAAGCUUAAGCUGGUAAAAACUGUUGCUAAUUAGAGUUUGGGUGCUUUUGGGUAUUUUUCUCCACUAAGUCAGCUAAAUGUAUUACUACAAAACCCACUGGGAAUAAUGGUCAGUGUAGGGUUUUCUCCUUAAGAAGGAGCUGGUACAUUACACCUCAGCUCAUAGCUGAGUUCAGAGUAAGCUUGCUGGGUUCUCUGGGCAGGCCUGGCUCCCCAGGUGCUGCCAGUGGAGCUCCCAGCCCAGUUUCACCCUAACUCCAGUGCUCAGAGGCAGCAGAGGCUCCUGCUGGACAGCAAAUGCAGCUGCACUCAUUCCUGAACUUGGGAGCUCAGCACAAUGGGAGCUCUCCCAGAUCCUGGCCAGGCCUGCCCAGGCCCUGCAGCAGCUCAGCCUCCAUUCCCCUGUGCCCCAGGAGGGCUGAGGGAUUCAUGCACAGCUCUGAAUUGUUACUGAAUUCUGGCUUUGUUCAAAAUGUGAUUUCUGUUGGUGUGGCAAAGGCAGUUGGGUUGUGAAAUCUGGAACCAGAAGUUAAUUCUGCCAAGUCAACUGUUUUAACUUGGAAUUUAAACCAAGACUUCAGUGUGGACUGCAGUGGCUGCUCAGUUAACAUUAGCAUGGACAGGAGCUGUCACUGACCCAGCUCCUUGUAAAUCACUGAGCAGUGCUUGUAAAUACAAACGGAGAUGUGGGGUUUAUUUUAGAACAGUUUGGCUGCAGUGGAAGGCAGGUGUGUAACUGGUUUGGUUAUUAUCUGUAGCAGUAUAAAAGCAUAAAAAAUAAUACUUCAAAAUGUGUAAGAAAGAAAGGCCAAGAGCAGAAAGGUUUCUAAUCAGCACCUGUGGAUCAGUGAUGGUCACAGCUUUGAUCCACCAGGGUGGGAAAUUGUGCAGCAAAAUGUGUUCAGGGAGAGCUGGGCAGGAGGCUGUGCCAGCUGGGCACACAGGGCCAGCCCUGGCUGCUGACAGCAGGGAGGGAGCAGCAGGAGCCUGAACCUGGCAUUCCAACAGCUCAGCUGGCUCCAGGAUUAUCCCCUGAGCUGCUCUUGGCACUCCUGGGUCAGCAGCUCCUGCCCUCUGUUCUCACAGGAAAUUGAACUUUCCCAUCAUUUCCCCUGCAGUGAAUUUCUAGCAGUGCUCCCUGCACAGCCAGGCCUGGCCUUGGCACUGGCUGCAGGCACAUCAUUCCCAGUUUCCUGGUAAAACUGGCCCAGCAAAGGUCAGAAGUCCAACCAGUGCAAUUGGUCAGCACUAAUUACAAAGCAGAAGGUAAACUACCCCUGAGAGGGAUGUCACACACCAAGGUAGAUGAAUGUGUCAAGGACACCCAAGCACCCUUUCUACCCCAGAACAUUUCCCAGCCCUCACCCUCCCACUGAAGCUCAUUUCCAUCUGCUCCUACACAUCAUUUUUUUUUUUUCUAGAAAGAAAUAUUGUCAGGGAUACACUAAAAAAAAAAAAAAAAAAACAUCAAUGGAGAGGAUGUUCUUUACCCUAAACAGGACAUUCCUGAUUUCCUUUGCCCCAAGAAGCCAUGAGGGAUGGUCUGAAAUUAAAAAGAUAACUUGUUUUUCAAAGCUACCAGGUACUUAAAAUGUCUAAGUUCUUCACUCAGCACCUUUCAUUUAACUGGACAUCAGGUGCUGGUUAAAACAAACCUACUUCUCAAAAAUACUUCAUUUUUCCAAGAGACACAUGAUCUGGUUUAAAAAUCACAGGUUAAUGUUUUUUUUUUUCAGAAAUCAGAGUUAAAGUAAAAGCAACUUACCUCUUCUGGGUUUUUUUUCUUCCAUGUUUUAAGCUUUUUAUAAUGAAGUGACAAUUAGAGAUAAAUAAUGUUUAGAGAGUUGCAGUCCAAUACCAACAAUAUUGUUAAAAACCAUGCAGGACUAUAUGGACUAUAUGUGCCCUAAUAACCACAUUUACCAACUGCUAUUUGAAAAAAUCCAUUUUUAGAUCCAUCCACCUAUUCCUGUCCCCCAUGGAGUUCAGCCAACACAAAAACCUCACUUGCACCUCAGUAAACAACAGAAAAUUGAGCCCAAGUGGUGCAGGGCAAGAGCCUGAGAGCACAUCAGGGGGUGUCCAAAGCAGCUGCUGCUCAAAGAUCACUACAGUACAAAAACUGUCUUGUCAUGUGACUGGAAAUGUAGAGGUUGUUUUAUCAAGUGUGUUUUUACUUGCACUGCUAUUAUUUAUCAGUUACUUUUUAAAAACUAUUCAGAAUGUCAUUUCUUGAGUUUUCCAAAUGCAGAUGUCCCACUUGGAACUGUGGAUAACUACAUUAAAAUGAUGACGUUGAAUCUUAAA